UUCACUUUCAGUAAAUCUCAGUCUGAGAUAAUCUUAUGAGCUCUGCCAAUGGAAGCUGCAAGCCCAUUAAAAGGUAGUUCUGUUUCGUCAAGUCCUUUCUCUUCACCGAACGUUGGAGCCUUGCUCAAGAUUAAGAUUUUGUCAUGGACCCAAGAGACCGGUUUGCCUGUUUCCGUUAGCGUUCGAGUUCUCGGGAAGAUCUUCAACCUCCACAAGUUUCCACUAUUUUCAAAGAGUGGGUAUUUCAAGAAAAGACUGAAUGAAUCAACUGAGCUAGAGCUGCCACCAGACUUCCCUGGAGGGCCGGAGACAUUUGAGAUGAUUGCAUUGUUCAUCUAUGGCUCCUCCACAUUGAUUGAUCCAUUCAAUGUUGUAGCCCUGAGAUGUGCAGCAGAGUUUCUUGAGAUGACAGAAGAUUACUGCUCUGGCAACCUCUGUGAGCGCUUUGAUCUCUACUUAAACCAAGUGGUCAUGCAGAGUUGGGAUGACACUCUAAUAGUACUCCAAAAGUGCCAAACUUUGCUUCCAUGGUCCGAAGAUUUGCUCAUUGUGAGCCGCUGCAUCGAAUGCCUUGCCUUCAUGGCUUGCAUGGAGAUCCUUGAUCCAGAGAGAAGACGUGACACCCCGGUGCUCACAUUGGAGGCAUUGAGCACCCGAAAUUGGAGCUGUGAGAUAGGGAGGGAGAUUAUGAGUCAUGACCUUUGGAUCAAGGAUCUGAUUGCUCUACCAUUUGGAUUCUUUAAAAGGAUUAUAGGGUCCUUGAGAAGACAAGGUAUGAAAGAAAAAUAUUUAAGCCCCAUCAUUGUUUUCUAUGCUAAUAAAUGGGUGCUCUCAAAGAAGACCCUCCAAUUUUGGGAGAACUCUGGUCAGAAAACUGGGGAUGAUCACAAAGUUUCAGUCAUCCUACAAGGUGUUCUUGAUUUGCUGCCCAUGGGAGAGAAGGCUAGUCGAUCAAUUCCAGUCGGAUUUUACUUUGCAAUCCUUUCUCGAUCCCUUGAAGUAGGUUUGAGAAUCGAUAGCAGGGCAAAGUUGCAAGAGAAGAUUGUAUAUCUGUUGCACUUUGCCCAACUAGAAGACUUCCUCUUUCCAAAAUCUGAAACUGAGUCAAUUUCUUCUAGCAUGGAGCUGGCUACAAUGGAGAGCAUAAUUUCAACAUAUGUAUCAUCUAACUUGGAGUCAGACCACAGUCUUUCAGCAGGCCAUUCAAUUAUUGUUGCAGAAUUGUGGGAUGCAUAUCUUUCCUACAUAGCUCCUGAUCCAAAUAUGGAGCCUAAAAGAUUCAUGGAACUCAUCGAAAGAGUGCCGAUAUCCUACAGACAGAGUCAUGACAAACUCUACAGAGCAAUGAACACCUUCCUACAGGCAAACCCAAAUAUAUCCCAAGAAGAGAAGUGGGCAGUCUGCAAGUACCUCAACUGCCAAAAACUAUCACAAGAGGCAUGCAUUGAGGCUGUUCAAAAUGAAUUGAUGCCGCUACGUUUAAUAGUCCAGGCACUUUUUGUCCAGCAAAUCAGCACUCACCAAGCUUUCAAAGAAUGCUCAGAUUCAUUCAGAUAUGUACACUGUGGAGAGUUUUCUGGGAGCCUCUCAAGCUCCAGAUGCCCAAACUCCAAAAGCCAGAAUCUAGGAGAUAGUCCAUAUGUAGAUGGAGCAGAGCAAGGCAGCAGACCCUUGAGCUUCUUGCUACAAAAGGACAAUGUAAAUCAGAGACCUGAGUUAUCAAGGAAGGAAUACGAGUCAACAAGCUUCAGAAUUCAGAACCUUGAACAAGAGCUCAUGUCCUUGAAGCGAAGCCUUCAAUGGCAGAGCAUUUCAAAGAAAAAAGAGGCAAUUUCAACCACAGCACAUAGCAUGAAAUCGUAUGGUAAGGAAAGUAGAUCAAUGAGCAAAAAGAGUAACCCUCUUGGACAAGUGACAAGUUGCAUUGGUUCUGUGAACUUCGCCUCACAAAGAAAAUAUGCCAGUCGAUUAUUGAAGGUCUUCCGCCGGAUUUCCUUGUUUGGAAGUAGAAAACCAAAGAGAAAGCCAGGUGGGCCCAGCCCAUGGCCCAAGCCAAUGCAGCAGAACACUCAUCAGCAAAAGAUGUAUGAAAAUCAGAACCAGUAAUGAUCAUAUACAAGGCGAGAAUAAUUGCUAUUGUGAAAUUUUCCCGGAAAAAAAGUGGUUUGCUCAUUCACAUACA